CGCCCGACUCGCAAGGAGGGAGGCAGAGGCAAGGAGAGAGGAGAUCCCUAAAGAUCCCUAAAGAUCCCUAAAGAUCCAUAAUGGAGGGAUGGAGGAUAGAUAUGCUGAAGGAGAGCAGCAUGGCAGAAGAAGCAGCUGGAGUCUCGGCGUAGACGAAGGUAUCUUCAGACUGACACUUCCUUCGCUGUCUUUCUGUCACGCGCGUACGAACCCCGGAGCGGAAUAUGCAAGGCUGUGUGGGAGCGAGGAGGACGGCAUGAGAAGCCAAAGCUGGACUUGAACACACCAGGCAGGCUGAGGGACUAACUUCCUUAAAUAUACACACUCCAGUACACGCCAGUACACAGCAGUACACACCAGUACAAGGUCUGGGUGAGCAGCUGCCAAUAUGGGUCUGGUGAUGGGGACUUUCUCCAUGCAGUCCAAGCCGGUCAGCUACCACAAAGACAAAGCCGACGAUGACCUGGAGAUGACCAUGGUGUGCCACCGCCCGGAGGGACUGGAUCAGAUGGAGGCUCUGACCAACUUUAAUAAACGGGAACUCCAAGUGCUCUACAGGGGCUUUAAGAACGAGUGUCCGAGUGGAAUCGUCAGUGAAGAAACCUUCAAGCAAAUAUACUCCCAGUUCUUUCCACAUGGAGACGCCAGCACCUACGCACACUACCUGUUCAACGCAUUUGACUCGGCACAGACGGGAUCCAUCAAGUUUGAGGACUUUGUGACGGCCCUGUCCACCCUGCUGAGGGGCUCCAUCACGGAGAAGCUCGAGUGGACCUUCAACCUCUACGACAUCAACCGAGACGGAUACAUCAACAAAGAGGAGAUGACGGAUAUCGUCAGAGCCAUUUAUGACAUGAUGGGGAAGUACACGUACCCCGUCUUGAAGACGGACGCACACAAGCAGCACGUGGACGCCUUCUUUCAGAAAAUGGACAAAAACAGAGACGGCGUGGUCACCUUGGAUGAAUUCAUCCUUUCCUGUCAAGAGGAUGAAAACAUCAUGAGGUCUCUUCAGCUCUUUGAAAAUGUCAUCUAGUCCCCACGAGAGAGGGAAGGAGGAAGCGACUUCCAGGAUAUUUGGAAGGUGUCGGCUGAACCACGAUGACCAAUCCUGGCUGUGUCCCGCCUCUUGUGUGCCCGCCCUCGUGUGUCCAGUGUGUAAAUAUGGACUUUUGGCUGACUUUGAGUAGAAGAAGCCCCCACUUGAGGUGGAUUAGCUAAAUCCCCGUGCUCAGUGUGAAUGUCCAACAUGAGCAAUAUUCUCCAACGCAUGCAAGAACAGAGGACCCGUGUCAAAUAUAUGUGCCAUUAAAAAAAAAAGAGGCAGCAAUAUAACGAGAGGUUAAAGGUCACCUGAUUGUAACCGUGACACCAUCAUGUGACCAAAUCCCUCCAAAGUUGUCCAGAUUUGUUCCACUGGUGUCGGUGUUGUAAGAAGUGUUGAAGUAUUUAAAAGAACCGUAUGUGUUGCUUCUCUUUUCCAUCAUGGCCGCUUGUUUGUCUUUGUCAUUCCGUGGACUCGAACGCAUCGUUCCUGGCAUUUACACUCCCACGGAAGGUUUAUUGUGGAAGGUUGGACUAUAGUACGCAGUUGCAGAGCGAUGUCGUGCAUGUGUGUCCUAUAAUGUGAACGUUCUGUUUGCCUGACUAUAAAAAAAAAAAACGUUUGUUGGAGCAUGUCUUCUUACGUUGAAGGAACACGUCACAUCGUUUGACCUAAACGUUCACUGUGAGUGGGAGGACGUGACUUUUUUUUGGUCUGACCUGGACGCCAUGUCGAUGAGGGGUUGGGGCCUCGCCUGCGUCCCCAGAAAAGUCUUUCCGGGGAUUAUUUGGUGUUUUCAACUUACUACAGAAACCCGGAAUCAAGUAGUUUUCCCUUUAAACGAGAUCUUAGCUUAGCGGGUUUUAGGAAUGUUAUGUUUUUCUUAGUUUUCCCCAAGCUGCGACAGUUCCCAAAACCAGAAACGGAUUCUGGUUUUGAAGACUACAUAUUAGGGAAGUUCGAUAUUAGCUUUUCUGUCAAAAAAACGAUUUUUCGAUACAGAUAUGUUUAACAUGACAUACCUAUAUGUGUUGUAUACGGCAUUUUUUUCUAUAUUUUUUUUCACGAUCGGGAAUAAAUCUGAUACCAAUAUCGAUGUUGAUUAUGCUGAUAUCGGGCCUACUAGAUAUUCAUAUCCUGCUAUAACAGCGUACGUCUUAUUCCCAUAAGAACUGAGAAAGAAAUCAGACGAAAAGUGGACUAUUUUGCAGCUAAAUGCUAAACCGAUGCUAAAUACGUAUAGUCGCCAUUUUGAAAUGUGGGUUUUCUACUAAUUCCACCCAUUUUGGUACAAAGUACAUCCACAUACUGAACAUCCACACAGCCGAGACAGCAUCAAUCUGUCCCAAUAAACGAGUGUGUCUUUGAAUUGUUGUAUGAAAAUGAAUAUAUUUAUCAAUAAACUUUU